GGGGAGAUCGAGCGCGGCGCGCCGGCGCGCACACCGAGACAGAGCUUUACUAUCUCUCUCCCUCUCUCGCCUCCCUCCUCGCUGGGCAUUCAAACAGCUUUCCGACAUCACCAGCCAAGGAUAUUUCCCCCCCUCUCCUUAGUCGCCGUCCAUCCAUCAGUACCUGCAGGGGGGGGAGGAGGUAGAGGGAGGAAAGCUUAAAGAGGAAAAAGCAUAAGCUUGAGCCUUCCGAUCCGACCACGAAUACUCCUGUAAUAAACCCACCGCCCCAACAAAUCUGCCUUAGCUGCUGCCGCCGCCACCGCCGGUCACUUCUCGUCUCAGCGCUUUCUUUGCUUCUUGACUAAUCGGUUUGCUGGGGGAUAGAUUUGGUAAAACAAAUCUUCGUUCUUAAUCCACUUCCAUCGGUUUUUUUUUUGUUGUUGUUGUUGUUUGUUUGUUUAGAGUCUCCCUCCAGGGGGGCUUCUCGCCCCCCCCCUCCGUUUGGAGAUUGGAUUCAGUUGGAUAAGGCGACAGGCUUUGGCCCCCGGGGCUUUUUUCCCCGCUUUCAUCACUCCUCCUCUCUGGUCUUUUUCCUUUUUUUUUUUUUUUCUUUUUGCUUCUCGUAUGUGUGCAUUUUCAAAUAAUAAAUUCUGAUUUUUGAAGCUGAGCCGGGGAAAAUGGGCAACGGUGAUUGGGACCGAAGGGGAGUCUCUCCGUCACUGUUGCUGGGACGCGUGCCUGUGCUGGUGUCUUAGAGCAAGAGCCUCUCUGAGCUUUCGGAGUGGAAGGCCAAAUGACAUAGGAUGAAGGCUGUUCGUAACCUGCUGAUUUAUAUAUUUUCCACCUAUCUCCUGGUUAUGUUUGGAUUUAAUGCUGCCCAAGACUUCUGGUGUUCAACUUUGGUGAAGGGAGUCAUUUAUGGAUCGUACUCUGUAAGUGAAAUGUUUCCCAAAAACUUUACAAACUGCACUUGGACGCUGGAAAAUCCAGAUCCAACCAAAUAUAGCAUUUACCUGAAAUUUUCCAAAAAGGACCUUAGCUGCUCUAACUUUUCCCUCCUGGCUUACCAGUUUGAUCAUUUUUCCCAUGAAAAAAUAAAGGAUCUUUUAAGAAAGAAUCAUUCUAUAAUGCAACUCUGCAAUUCCAAGAAUGCUUUUGUUUUUCUACAAUAUGAUAAAAAUUUUAUUCAAAUACGUCGGGUAUUUCCAUCUGAUUUCCCAGGAUUACAGAAAAAAGGGGAAGAAGAUCAGAAAUCUUUUUUUGAGUUUUUGGUAUUGAACAAAGUGAGCCCAAGCCAGUUUGGUUGCCAUGUAUUAUGCACUUGGUUGGAGAGCUGCUUAAAAUCAGAAAAUGGGAGAACAGAAUCAUGUGGGAUCAUGUAUACAAAAUGCACCUGCCCUCAGCAUUUGGGAGAGUGGGGGAUCGAUGACCAGUCCCUGGUUUUGUUAAAUAACGUCGUGUUGCCCCUGAAUGAGCAGACAGAGGGCUGCCUGACCCAGGAGCUGCAAACCACUCAAGUCUGCAAUCUUACCAGGGAGGCCAAACGACCACCCAAAGAAGAAUUUGGAAUGAUGGGAGAUCAUACAAUUAAAAGUCAGCGACCUCGAUCUGUUCAUGAAAAAAGGGUCCCUCAGGAACAAGCUGAUGCUGCUAAAUUUAUGGCACAAACUGGUGAAUCUGGUGUGGAAGAGUGGUCCCAGUGGAGCACAUGCUCAGUUACUUGUGGUCAAGGGUCGCAGGUGCGAACCAGAACUUGUGUAUCACCUUACGGGACACACUGCAGCGGCCCAUUAAGAGAAUCAAGGGUUUGCAAUAACACUGCCCUCUGUCCAGUACAUGGAGUUUGGGAGGAAUGGUCACCAUGGAGUUUAUGCUCAUUUACAUGUGGUCGAGGCCAAAGAACAAGAACAAGAUCAUGCACACCUCCCCAGUAUGGAGGGAGGCCCUGUGAAGGACCAGAAACACAUCAUAAGCCUUGUAAUAUCGCCCUCUGUCCAGUUGAUGGACAGUGGCAGGAGUGGAGUUCAUGGAGCCAGUGCUCAGUGACAUGCUCAAAUGGGACCCAGCAGAGAAGCCGGCAGUGCACUGCAGCUGCUCAUGGGGGCUCUGAAUGCAGAGGGCCAUGGGCAGAAAGCAGAGAGUGCUAUAACCCUGAGUGUACAGCCAACGGUCAGUGGAAUCAGUGGGGCCAUUGGAGUGGAUGUUCUAAAUCCUGUGAUGGAGGUUGGGAAAGAAGAAUAAGGACUUGUCAGGGUGCAGCAAUCACAGGACAGCAAUGUGAAGGAACAGGCGAAGAAGUGAGACGAUGCAGUGAACAGCGAUGCCCUGCACCUUAUGAAAUAUGCCCAGAGGAUUAUCUGAUGUCGAUGGUGUGGAAAAGGACUCCAGCAGGCGAUUUGGCAUUCAAUCAAUGCCCACUGAAUGCCACAGGCACCACUAGCAGACGCUGCUCUCUCAGUCUUCAUGGAGUGGCCUUCUGGGAACAGCCGAGCUUUGCAAGAUGCAUAUCAAAUGAGUACAGACACUUGCAGCAUUCAAUUAAAGAGCAUCUGGCUAAGGGGCAGCGAACUCUGGCAGGUGAUGGAAUGUCCCAGGUAACGAAGACACUGUUGGAUUUAACUCAGAGGAAAAAUUUUUAUGCAGGAGACCUUCUGAUGUCUGUGGAAAUCCUCAGAAAUGUUACAGACACAUUUAAAAGGGCAAGUUACAUCCCUGCAUCUGAUGGUGUCCAGAACUUCUUUCAAAUAGUUAGCAACCUUCUAGAUGAAGAAAACAAGGAAAAAUGGGAAGAUGCACAGCAGAUUUAUCCAGGCUCAAUAGAAUUAAUGCAGGUGAUUGAAGAUUUUAUACACAUUGUUGGAAUGGGGAUGAUGGACUUUCAGAAUUCAUACUUAAUGACUGGAAAUGUAGUGGCUAGCAUUCAGAAGCUUCCAGCAGCCUCUGUUCUAACAGACAUCAACUUCCCAAUGAAAGGACGAAAAGGAAUGGUUGACUGGGCAAGAAAUUCAGAAGAUAGGGUAGUUAUUCCAAAAAGUAUUUUCACUCCUGUGUCUUCAAAAGAAUUAGAUGAAUCAUCCGUAUUUGUUCUUGGAGCAGUCCUAUACAAAAACUUAGAUCUCAUUUUGCCCACUUUGAGAAAUUAUACUGUUGUUAAUUCCAAAAUCAUCGUGGUCACAAUAAGGCCUGAACCCAAAACAACUGACUCGUUUCUGGAGAUAGAGCUAGCUCAUUUGGCUAAUGGUACUUUGAAUCCCUAUUGUGUGUUAUGGGAUGACUCAAAAACGAACGAGUCUUUGGGAACGUGGUCCACCCAGGGAUGUAAAACUGUGCUUACCGAUGCAUCCCAUACGAAAUGCUUAUGUGAUCGUCUCUCUACCUUCGCCAUUUUGGCUCAGCAACCUAGAGAAAUAAUCAUGGAAUCCUCUGGUACACCUUCGGUUACUUUAAUAGUAGGCAGUGGCCUGUCUUGCCUAGCCUUGAUCACCCUAGCAGUUGUCUAUGCAGCGUUAUGGAGGUACAUACGCUCUGAGAGGUCCAUAAUUUUAAUUAACUUCUGCCUGUCUAUCAUCUCAUCCAACAUCCUCAUACUGGUUGGACAAACUCAAACACAUAAUAAGAGCAUCUGUACAACUACCACAGCAUUUUUGCACUUUUUCUUCCUGGCUUCCUUCUGUUGGGUUCUGACUGAGGCGUGGCAGUCAUAUAUGGCUGUAACUGGAAAAAUUAGGACACGGCUUAUAAGGAAACGAUUUUUGUGCCUUGGAUGGGGUUUGCCAGCAUUGGUAGUGGCCACAUCAGUGGGCUUCACCAGGACGAAAGGAUAUGGCACAGAUCACUACUGCUGGCUUUCUCUUGAAGGAGGGCUGCUGUAUGCUUUUGUUGGACCUGCAGCCGCUGUUGUCCUGGUCAACAUGGUGAUUGGCAUUUUGGUAUUUAAUAAACUUGUUUCCAGAGAUGGGAUCCUAGAUAAAAAGCUCAAACACAGAGCCGGGGCCUCUCUUUGGAGCUCUUGUGUGGUGUUGCCCCUUCUAGCUCUGACAUGGAUGUCUGCAGUUCUGGCCAUGACAGAUAAACGCUCCAUAUUGUUUCAAAUACUUUUUGCUGUGUUUGAUUCAUUGCAAGGCUUUGUUAUAGUCAUGGUCCACUGCAUUCUUCGGAGAGAGGUUCAGGAUGCAUUUAGAUGCCGAUUGAGAAACUGCCAGGAUCCAAUCAAUGCUGAUUCUUCAAGUUCUUUUCCUAAUGGGCAUGCUCAAAUCAUGACAGACUUUGAAAAGGAUGUAGACAUUGCUUGUAGAUCAGUUCUUCAUAAGGAUAUUGGCCCUUGCCGAGCAGCAACAAUAACAGGAACACUCUCCAGGAUUUCUCUAAAUGACGAUGAGGAAGAAAAGGGAACAAACCCUGAAGGGCUGAGCUAUUCAACAUUGCCAGGAAAUGUAAUUUCCAAAGUCAUCAUCCAGCAACCCACAGGUCUGCAUAUGCCCAUGAGUAUGAAUGAGCUGGGUAAUCAAUGUUUGAAAAAAGAGAACAGUGAAUUGCGGAGAACUGUGUACCUAUGUACAGAUGACAAUUUAAGAGGGGCCGAUAUGGACAUCGUCCAUCCUCAAGAAAGAAUGAUGGAAAGUGACUAUAUUGUGAUGCCCAGAAGUUCUGUAAAUACCCAGCCAUCAAUGAAAGAGGAAAGCAAAAUGAAUAUUGGCAUGGAAACCUUGCCGCAUGAAAGGUUAUUGCACUACAAAGUGAAUCCUGAAUUCAAUAUGAAUCCCCCUGUAAUGGACCAGUUCAAUAUGAACUUAGAGCAACAUCUUGCACCCCAGGAACAUAUGCAGAAUUUGCCCUUUGAGCCUCGCACAGCUGUGAAGAAUUUCAUGGCCUCUGAGUUGGAUGAUAAUGCAGGACUAUCAAGAAGUGAAACUGGAUCAACGAUAUCCAUGAGUUCUCUAGAGAGAAGAAAAUCACGAUAUUCAGACCUUGACUUUGAGAAGGUUAUGCAUACAAGGAAGAGGCACAUGGAACUGUUU